AACGGUUCUUUCUUUACGAUAUAUAUUUAUUAUUAUUAUAUUAGUAUAAUUCUCUGUCUCUCAUUUGCAGCCGCCAGCCUAACCCUCUCAUCGAUCCCCCAAUGGGCUUGGAUACCGAGUCGGGUAAAUCAGUAGCACCCAUGGAUUUGGAUUCUGUGUCGGAUAAAUCAUCACCACCACCAGCUGUCGAAGAAGAGAGGCCCAUUAAGAGAGGAAAGCAUCCGGUAUUUGGUACUAGAAUUGCGGAUUCUGAAAAAUAUAGAGAAACUGCUUUGAAUCACUAUUCACAGCUAACUAAACCUGAACAACGUAGGUGCUUAUUAACGGCUUGCUCCUCAAUCAUAUGUCAGGAGAUGGAUUUUCAAUGGAAAAAUAAAACGAUCUUGAGCGAGGACGACAUGGUGAAGAUAAAGGAAUUGGCAUUAAAGAAGGCUGAGAGUAUAGGCGAAGACGCCUCUGCGCAACAUGCUCGUAUCAGAAAGACAGCAGUGCAACCAUGCAUAAUUAAUGAUGAAAUAAGAAAUGAAAUAAUUAAGAGAGCUCAAGAUUAUUGGAUGAAGAUGGAGGAGGCGACGAAGUGUCUGCGGGAAAACCCUUUCAAAAAUAAACUCAAAAAUAAAUCUGAUGAUCAAGGAGCUUGUUCAGUAACAAAGUUCCAUCAGUCUGAUGACCAACAAAGAAAAAGAGUUCAGGUUGUUGCCCAAAAGAAAACCACACCAUGCACCAAGUAUAUCCGUGUCAAUAGAAAAGAGGUCCGACAUAGGUGCGACGCAGUUUCCUGA